AACUCUGGAGUUUGCAUCUUUCAACAAAUACAACUCAACUCCCUUAUAGUAAACUAAAGGGAAAAAGAAUGAACGAGAAAUAGAACGAAUACAGACAGACGGGAAGAGUAGAGGGGGAACAACUCCUAAAAUGAUUAGAGAAAUCAUAAUGGAGCAAGAUAUGUCUAUUGUCGUAUUCAACAUGUUACCGACAUCAGUUCAAUCUCGACUACCAGCCCUCCAGUCACUUCGCAGAUCUACAAGCUUUUCUAUCUUAUCCUCUCGGCGACCUCCCAUUCCUCCCCGAAAGGAGGUAGAUCCUGUUAUGAUCGCAAGUGAGGAUGAGAGUUCCGUCGUCGAGUUACAGGCAUGCACAGUAGCAAGCACUGCUGCUACCAGGUAUGAAGACAAGCAAAAGUCUUCCGGGCCCGACAUUUGUAGCUCGGGCGUGAGCUCGGGCGUGAAAUGGAGGUACGCCGCGCAAGGAACCUACUUGCAACAUUCCGCUUCUCAAGAAACAGUGGAUUCGGCUUUUGCGAGGAAGUCGUAUAUUGACGGCGUAGCGUAUAUGCUGCGGGCACUUCCAGAUGAUUUGGAUGACUACGAAACCAACAUUAUCCGACAAGCUCUACCGGAGUCGUGCGCGCAAGUAGAGAUGCAUAAUCAGAUUGAAGGAGGCCUGAAUAAAUCUGGGUGGCAGCCAUCUGAUAGAGCGAGGUCGAUUUUGCACUCCAGCGUCCAGGGAUUUGUUACGGUCCUCGUCCUCUUAGGCUAUAUUAUCCUGUCGUUCUUGGCGGCCGUCAUUCGCGUUGGAGCCCACUAUGAACGUCAAUACAAUAUCUCGCAACACAUCGUUACCAGUGGCUUUGGUUUCGCUACUGCUAUAGGGAAGCAGAGCGGUGCUCUGAGUGAGAAAUUCUCCGCAUUCAGCGAAGGAAAAAUCGGCAAGGUUUUGACCGAUCUUACGGCUUGGGCUCUGGAGAAUGUUGCCGCUGGCGUUCAAGAUGGCAUUGGGCAAGGUCUGAUUUUGAUCGAACAGAGGCGAAAAUGAUAUGAUAUGAGAAAUGAUUGGUCUCUGCAUUUUCUGCCCGGUUGGCACGGCGUAAGGAUAGAAGCAUAACUGGGAAUGACAAGCAUCAUGGAAUCGAUAUAGAAACGUAUUAGAUAUAGAGGAGCAGGGACUUGGCUAUACACAUAGAUGGCGAAUAUGUCGACGAUACUAUUGUUCAUUGAAUGAUAUUGCAAGAUAUUCCAAAACACCGCUGGUUCGAGUAGGCCGACUUGAGUACAAAAACUCCAAAUAUACAGUUCACAUGCGACUCGGAUUCCGCGUCAUUAAACCGAUCCUGCAGUCUCGCGCAUUUUUUA